CGUAUGGUCCGGCUGCUGUCAGCCGUCUGUCAAGAUGGCGGCCCCCAGGAGCUGCGCUCUAUGGGGCUACUGCGGCCGCGGGUGGUCGCGCGUGAUGCGGGGCUGCCGGCUCCCCGGGCUUCGAAGCUCCUGGCCAGGGAGUCCGCUGGGUGCGCGGCUCUUGUCCCAAGAGAAACGGGCAACGGAAACGCACUUCGGGUUUGAGACUGUGUCGGAGGAGGAGAAGGGGGGCAAAGUCUAUCAGGUGUUUGAGAGUGUGGCCAAGAAGUAUGAUGUGAUGAAUGAUAUGAUGAGUCUUGGCAUCCAUCGUGUGUGGAAGGACUUGCUGCUCUGGAGAAUGCACCCGUUUCCUGGGACGCAGCUCCUCGAUGUCGCUGGAGGCACAGGUGACAUUGCAUUCCGGUUCCUUAAUUACAUUCAGGCCCAGCACCGGAGAAAGCAGAAGAGGCAGUUAAGGACCCAGCAGAAUUUAUCCUGGGAAGAAAUUGCCCAAAAGUACCAGAAUGAAGAGGAUUCCUUGAACGGUUCCCACGUCGUGGUCUGUGACAUCAACAAGGAGAUGCUGAAGAUUGGAAGGAAGAAAGCCUGUGCCCAAGGAUACAAAACUGGACUUGCUUGGGUAUUGGGAGAUGCUGAAGAACUACCCUUUGAUGAUGACAAGUUUGAUGUUUACACCAUUGCCUUUGGAAUCCGGAAUGUCACACACAUUGAUCGGGCACUCCAGGAAGCUCAUCGGGUCCUGAAACCUGGAGGACGGUUUCUCUGCCUGGAGUUUAGCCAAGUGACCAAUCCCCUUGUGUCCAGGCUUUAUGAUCUCUAUAGCUUCCAGGUUAUUCCUGUCAUGGGAGAGGUUAUUGCAAAAGACUGGAAGUCCUACCAAUACCUUGUAGAGAGUAUUCGACAGUUCCCAGCUCAGGAGGAGUUCAAGGAGAUGAUAGAAGAUGCAGGUUUUCAGAAAGUGACUUAUGAAAGUCUAACAUCAGGCAUCGUGGCCAUUCACUCUGGCUUCAAACUGUAACUCCGUCACCAUCCUGGAGCAUGAACCACUCCCAUCCUGUCAAAAGCCUGCAGCUCAAGGGUAAUCAGGCUGGUGUGACCAGCAACAGAACAUCUCCUCUUAAGGAUAUGUGCCUUGGACUCAUGUUCUGAUGUGACCAGUCUCAAAGUGGAAGAAACAAAUUCCUGUCACUUUAUUUCAGCUUUCACUAGGAACUGCUUCCUGCAGGCCUUCUCCCCAAGGUAUUGUGCCUGUAGUUUUUGCUCAGUUCCUGCUAUUUUUCCUCAGCUGUGCAGCGUGUGGUUAAGCCAGCACUGAAGCUCAGUCUGGAGUGUGUUUGUAGUUUCUCUGCUGGUUCUGACUUCCAGGACAAUGGAUCAUUUGAAUCUAAUGAUUUGAACUAGAAAGCUUCCUAACUGGACCUGAGGCAAUCUUUCAGCCUAGGACUGGUUAAGGGCCAAAGCCAAGGCCCGUCAGGGCUAACGAUCACAAGUAGAAUUAUGUACUGAACCUCUAAAUGAGUUUACAAUUUGUAUGGUAUUUGUAAAUUUUUUUCUUGAGGGAAAUACAUUUGCCAUCAUUCAUUCAAUGCUCUUCUACCAAAAGCCACUAUUGUUCCCUUGUGCCUAUCAUGAAAACAACAAAUCCUUGAAAGAAUAAAUACCAGCAAACUCCA